UGGGCUGGCUUUCUCAAGAAGCAUCAACACGAACCCAAUACCUAGAUAGGAUGGCUGUCCAGAUAGUACCGAUUUCCCUAGAGCACGCCCUGGAAAACCACUCUAAGGGAAGUAAGAAACCCAGAUUUUUUGACUUCUUUGACGUACUCGGAACAACGGGGUGCUUACUGCAGUGCGCCAUUUUCAGCUCAUGGAGCACACUGUCCCGAGCGGACACUGAAAAGUUGAGAGCAGGAAAUGACAACUUCACCACAAACGGGAAGACGAAAGCUGCUCGAGGAAAGUCUUUCACGUAUGGAGACUUGGACCACUCAGCCCAGAAUGGCUGUGGGAGUUGCAAGGCUCUGAAGAGUAUCCUCAACAUCGCCCUUACAAGAAAUUUUGGAGCAAUUGCUUCAUCUACGGCAUUCCGGUGGAUUGGCAAAUUCAAUGGUACCCUAGAAAUGGACGCUUCCGACGGCAAAGUGUACUAUGCCAGACUCUUCAACGUGGCGGGGUCCAGCAAUGUCUUCCGCCGAAUACAAACCACCAACGGCGUGGCUGGCGAUACCUCUUCUGAAAUAAGCUUCCAGAGAAUCCGGACAUGGAUCAAUGACUGCGAGCUACACAAGAAAUGUGGCACAGGAGAAGAUAUGAAAUUACCUACCAGACUCAUCGAUGUGACUCAGCCCAGGGGUAGGCUUGGAGUCCGCCUGGUAGAUACAUCUGGACAAACAGGCACAUACAUGUGUUUAAGCCACUGCUGGGGAAAGAUCAAGAUCAAGUCCAAGACAGAAAGAGACAGUUUGAAAAGGCGACUCAAUCUGAUACCUUGGUCUUUACUUCCACCCAGUUUCCAACAAGCAGUCGACAUCACGAGGAUACUUGGGAUUCGCUAUCUCUGGAUUGACUCCCUUUGCAUCAUACAAGAUGACAAGAAAGACUGGGAGAAAGAGGCAGCUCAGAUGGUCGACGUAUACCGCAACUCAUACGCGACCAUUUCCGUAAGCUGGUCUCAUGACUCUCAGGGAGGUUGUUACUCGCAGACAAUCCCAAGUCAGUUCUUUCAGAUCACCACCGGAGGUGGUGACGAAUUCAGAGUCGCCUUGAUAACAGGCGAAAAGCGAGACGAGAUGUCAGAAUACGCUAGGGUACAAGAGUAUCUUCCCCUUUUCAAUAGGGCUUGGUGUCUCCAAGAACGACUUCUUUCGCGGCGGAUCAUCCAUUGCAACUAUGGAGAAAUGGCAUUCGACUGUGCUAGCGGGUACUCCUGCGAAUGCGGAGGAGAGCAACACCACAACUGGCACAAUCUGAUUCGACUUUCCGGCACAUACAUACCACUGCGAUCUCGGUCGAAGUACCUGGCACUGCUGAAUAACCCGAUGACAACUUCAAUCACCGCCAUCCCCACCAAGAAUGGUAAAAUCGAUCCUUACGAGAGAUGGCACCGUCUUAUCGGCGAGUACACCUGCCUGAAUCUUACGUUCACUGGAGAUAUGCUUCCGGCACUGUCAGGCCUUGCCCACGAGACUGCUGAAGUAACAAACGAUACCUAUCUGGCUGGUAUGUGGAAGAAGAAUCUUGAACAAGACCUCAUGUGGCGUGUUGUUACCGUGGCGGAUUGGAAGAAGCAACGCUUGAAGAUACUGAAACGAGGAUGGAUCGCCCCGACUUGGUCUUGGGCUUCCACAGGAAGUGGUUGCAAACGACCGUGCUCACACUGGGAUCGGAAGCGACGUUGGACAGAUUGGAUAUACGGCAGGUAUCUACUUUAUGCUCGGGAAGACAAGCGGGAGUUUCGGGAAGAGUGUGCGCCAGUGACUGGUGAGGCACCACUGGAGUUUGGGUCCGCGGAAUCGGAGGCAUUGCACUUUUCUUCCUGCUGAGUUGAUCUACAUCAAAGGAUACGGUUUGGGCAGCAGAAAUGCACGAACAAAAGGGCUAUUGGAGGUAAUUUGCGAUGAUUGGGAUGAAAGGCAGAUCUGGUAUCGAAACGUAUGGGCAGCUGCAAAGCCCGAGACAUCGAUCACAAUCUACUGAUUGUGUAUCGAGA